UAACAUCUUUGUGGUUUGUUUUGGAUAUUUUAGUCGUACAUUAAAUAUUGGCAGAUUGUUGCGCUAACCUUAGCAGGACCAUGGAGAGCUCCGGUGAUGCCAACUCUCUCGAGCGUGGCCCACACUUCAUUGGUUCAAUCGAGAACGAGUCCCACCCCGUGUCUGGUUGAUCAUUGGCAGCAACAGCUGUCAAUCAAAAGGAUUCCCUGCUACCUGCAGCAGAGCCAACGCUGUGCAAGACGCCGUUCAAGACCAGGGUACAACAGUAAGGACGCUGCCCGGUCGGAAAGGCGUUCGAGAAGGUGUAUUCGGUCCACGGUAAAAACAUGUCUCUCCACUGUCCUCGGGCUGUAUAUUAAGGGUUCGGGCAGGUGACUCACUGGGACAAGAUGGAGCAGCACAGCAGAAGGUGGCGCUCUCCUCUCAGCAUGAACUAAGCUGCCGUCGCCCGGGGCGACCUGGGGAGGAUGACAGCCGUGAGCCCUAUGACGGGCCAGGUGGAGGGGGCGUCCGGGGGAGCGGGGGGUCAGAGGGGGCCUGGAUGGAGCCGACAGGACAGCUCUGACAUCCACACAGACGAGGAGGGCGCCCCCACCCGCCGCCUCACCCCUCUGGAGAGACUGAACCUGGACAUGUGCCAGGACGACCGGGUGGUGCGGGAGCUGACUGUGGGUCGGAGGAUUGGCUUCUACAAGGUCCGGGGAGAGAUCGGCUCCGGAAACUUCUCCCACGUCAAACUGGGCAUCCAUGCCCUCACCAAAGAUAAGGUGGCCAUCAAGAUCCUGGAUAAGACCAAGCUGGAUCAGAAGACCCAGAGACUGCUGUCCAGAGAGAUCUCCAGCAUGGACAGACUCCACCACCCCAACAUCAUACGGCUCUACGAGGUGGUGGAGACGUUGUCACGGUUACACCUGGUGAUGGAGUAUGCGGCCGGAGGAGAGCUGUACUCCAAGAUCACCUCAGAGGGAAAGCUGUCCGACAUCGACAGCAAGAUGGUCUUCUCCCAGAUCCUGUCAGCCGUCAAGCACAUGCACGACAACAGCAUUAUCCACCGGGACCUGAAGGCUGAGAACGUGUUCUACACCUGCAGCACCUGCGUCAAGGUGGGAGACUUCGGCUUCAGCACACUGAGCCGGCGCGACGAGACCCUCAACACGUUCUGCGGCUCCCCACCUUACGCCGCCCCGGAGCUGUUCCGCGACGAGCGCUACCUGGGCGUGUUUGUUGACGUGUGGGCGAUGGGCGUCAUGCUGUUCUUCAUGGUGACGGGGACCAUGCCGUUCCGGGCAGACACGGUGGCCAAGCUGAAGCGCUGCAUCCUGGACGGGGCUUACCUCGUCCCCCCCUGGGUCCCGGAGGCAUGCCAGCGCCUCAUCCGGGGCAUCCUCCAGCCUCAGCCGUCCGACCGCUGCACCGUGGAGCAGAUGAUGGCCUGCAACUGGCUCCUGCCGCUGGAUUUCCCCCGAGCAAUGGAGCCCUUCCAGCUGGAGCCGUCGUACCUGGCGGAGCGCGGGCCGGCGGAGCUGGGGGAGGAGGAGGUGGAGGUGAGGGCUGCCCUGCUCAGCCUGGGCAUCACCUCCGAGCACAUCCUCAACAACCAAGGCAAGGACUGCCGGAGCGCCAUCACCGGUGUUUACCGGAUCCUGCUGCACCGGGCGCACAAGCGGCGGGCGGUGGACAGCAUGCCCGUGGUCACGCACGUGGUCGCGGCCAGCGGGGGCAAGAAGGACCGGCUGCGGGCAUACCGGAGUCUGAGGCACACGUCCAAGCUCUGCUUGAUUCUGUGACUGGGCAGGGGGGGGACAACCAAUCAAAGACCUUGAUGACAACAGCAGUCUGUUGAAAGUGUUCUCCUGGAGUUUGCACCUGACCUGAUCAGACUUUUCCUGGUAGUUUUGAAUGUUCUUCAAGGACAAUGUUCACUCAACAAAACCUUCUUACCAAGAGCUAUUUUAAUUUGGAUUACAGAAGAUUACGUGGCUAAUUGCUUGCAACACAACAAUUUUCAAAAGCACCCCACACAUACAUAUAUAUUUCAAGACUUAUGACCCAGCACCCAACCAGUUGUAGCAUUAUUCAAGAAGCAGGCAUAGAUCCCUCUGCCCUCCCCACCCUCUCCCCUCAUGGUGUUUCCCCAUAUCAAAUAUUAUAAUCGCACUUUUUCUCAAAUGCCUUGGUUAAUUUUUCCCCAGUACACAUGAUGAUUGUACUUUGUAAUGAUUGUAUCUAUGUAUGUAUUUCCUCUCUGUGUCCUGCACCAUAAACGAAUGGAGUUUGACCGGGGUUAUCACUUCUGAUCAGGGUGUAGAAGCAAGUGUGUAAAGAAUGAUCAAUAAUGUUGAUUGGUCACCCUCAGAUCGCCCCUCUGCCCAUAUAGGGGCCUGAGUUUGUUACCUCAGAUAUAAAGAAGGAUGACGGUUUAUUUUUGUACACACUAAUCUGUCAGUUCUACAUAGAACUCUGUCCUAUUUAAAUAUGGAUUAAAAUAUUUAAAUACUC